GGAAGCUACCUAACACAAGCACAGCCGUGUUGCGAAUAGUUAUUGAGGAGAACAACGGAAUGUAUUUGAAAUGCAUUGCGAGUAUUCGAUGACUGAGUGAGGGCUUGCAAAUGUGGGUAGGCUGUUCGAUAUGAUGACGUCACGGAUAUGCCCGGACCAAGGCAAUACAGCUCAGAUGGCUAUAUAGCGGAAACGUGUUUGCCAAAUUUAGCAGUUGCUCGACGUUUUGAAGAGUCGAUCAGCGACGUCAACAUGUGGACAAAAGUCGUGGUCGCAGUUUGUUUGUUAGGUUUGGCUCACUCUGCAUUUGAAAGUAACGACCAGUGGCGACGCCAGGCCAGAGCGGAUCUCGAGCGGGCCAAAAAUGUCAAGCAAAUAACUAGUUUGGCCAAGAAUGUUGUCCUCAUGAUUGGAGAUGGUAUGGGUCUACCCACCGUCACGGCGGGUCGCAUCUACACGGGUCAAAAGAAGGGUCAGACGGGCGAGGAAUACAAGUUUACUUUCGAGCAGUUUCCCAAUGUCGCUUUGUCCAAGACAUAUAACCUUGACCGUCAAGUGCCAGACAGUGCUGGAACCGCUUCCGCCAUCAUGACAGGGGUCAAGGUCAACCUCGGGACCCUCGGGGUCGACGGCUCGGUGCCUUACGGAGAGAACUGCACGGAGUACAGGAAAGACAGGCAUCUGAAGACUAUACUGGACUACGCCUUGGAAGCAGGUAAAUCAGUCGGAGUGGUGACAACGACCCGUAUCACACACGCAACACCUGGGUCCACGUACGCUCACACGCCGUGGAGAGACUGGGAGAGCGACACGGACAUGAAGGGGAUCCAAGGCUGUGAACACCUGAAGGACAUCGCCUACCAGCUGGUCAUGGACAACCCUAACAUCAACGUUCUGUUAGGUGGUGGCAGACGUAGCUUCAUCAACAACACGACCCCUGACCCGGGGACUAAGAAAAUCAGCUCCAACCAACGUACCGACGGUCUGGAUUUAAGGGAGGCAUGGAAAGCAGAGAAGAGAUCACGUGGUGUGGCGCAUGCGUAUGUAGAGAACAAGGCCCAGUUUGAUGCGGUGGACCCACUCAAGACCGAUUAUCUGUUUGGAUUGUUCACCUCAAGUCACAUGACUUAUGAGCUAGAACGUAACCCGACAGAAGAGCCGUCACUCACUGAAAUGGUGGACAAGGCCAUCAGAAUUCUCAGGAAAAAUCCGAAAGGUUAUUUCCUGCUCAUUGAAGGGGGUCGGAUAGACCACGCCCACCACGACAACUACGGUAAACGAGCCUUGGAAGAAACCUACGAGUUGGAUAAUGCAGUUAAAAAAGUGGGCCAGAUGGUUUCCAUCCAAGACACGCUGACCAUCGUCACAGCUGACCACUCCCACGCAUUCGGCAUCGCUGGGUACCCAACUAGAGGCAACAACAUCCUGAGUGUUGUUGACGACAUCUUGAAAGGAGAGGACCCGUAUGAUAACCUGCCGUACUUGACCUUGAACUAUUUUAACGGACCAGCGUACGGCAGGACAGACCUGACCAAUGUCGAUACUAAAGACAACAAUUUCCAACAGCCCGGGUGUGUGGGGAUGCCGUACGCCGCCCACGGUGGGGAGGACGUCGCGAUAUACGCGCAAGGGCCCAUGUCCCACCUGUUCCACACCACCCAUGAGCAGAACUACAUCGGUCACGUGAUGAUGUACGCAUCCUGUAUAGGAGAGUACAAGAGCUCGUGUGAUUUGAAGAGUCGGAAACGUCGUUGAUGAAAGAACGAGAUCCCACCGGUUGGACUAAAAAAGAACAGUGACCAACAGUUACUGCCCUUUAACAAGUUUUCCACACAUUCCUAUAGCUGUUUCACGUGUUGUAGCAAAUAAACUAAUUUUUUUUUCAAGA